UGCCUGCCUCCCUAGACCGAGAGAGAGACCGGUGAGAAGACAAGAAAGAGGCAAUGGUGCGUGUCCGCUGCGCUCUGCUUGGUCGGCGUGACGUGGUGCCAAGGCAAGGAAGGCCGCCGUUACGUUGGGGGCGGCGACCUCGCGUAGCGUAGGAGGAACUGCCAACUGACGCCUGCCUACCUACCUACCUGCGUCUGCGUGCAGCAGGCACCUCACCUGCCAGGAAGCUUCCUUUCCUGCCCUACUCUCCCCCACGCAUGGCAUGCAGUUGCAGGCCAUCUGGCAUUCCGGCGGCCUGUUUCAUUCUUCCCGUUGCGUUGCAUAGCAUUGUUGGCUUGGGCUUUUGGAUGAAAGAAACGAAGGAAGGAAGGAAGGAUCAUCCAUAUCCAUCUGACCAUCCAUCCAUCUCCUCUGCAGUCCUGUACAGUACUGUUGGUGUUGUAUAUACGCGUGCGUGCUGACAUCACAUGGCACAUCCCUUGUGUUCCACCUAUAUAUCUAUCUAUCCCAUUGAAUCAGCUAGCUGUGAUGUACUGUACGCGUUUCCAGCAGCAAUCGUUGGUGUAGUCUUGUAGCUUGUUGUUGACAUUGGACACGGGUGAUGAGAUGAUCCCAUCCCCAUCCAUGGCAACAGGGAGAGCCAAAUCACUGUAGAUUAAAAGCUGCUUUCUCUUCUCUCGUCUUGUUGCUAGGUCUCUGACAAUUGGAAGACUGUCUUGGAGCAUGUAUAGGGCCAAGAGAGCUGCUUCACUUAAGGUGAAGCGCCGCGUUGGCAAGUAUGAGCUUGGCCGCACAAUUGGGGAAGGAACAUUUGCAAAGGUCCGGAUUGCAAAGAACAUAGAAACUGGGGAUCAUGUAGCUAUCAAGAUCAUUGACAAAGCAAAGGUUCACAAGCACAAAUUGGUUGAACAGAUUAAGCGGGAAAUUUGCACGAUGAAAUUAAUACAGCAUCCCAAUGUUGUCCGACUGUAUGAGGUGAUGGGAAGUAAAACGAGGAUUUACAUUGUUCUGGAAUUUGUUAUGGGUGGAGAGCUCCAUGAUAUCGUUGCCACAAGUGGAAGAUUGAAGGAGGACGAAGCACGCAGAUACUUUCAGCAGCUGAUAAAUGCAGUAGAUUAUUGUCAUAGUAGGGGUGUAUACCACAGAGACUUGAAGCUAGAGAACCUGUUGCUUGAUAUUGCUGGAAACAUCAAAAUUUCAGAUUUUGGGUUAAGUGCUAUAUCUGACCAAGUGAAGAACGAUGGACUACUGCAUACUACAUGUGGAACACCUAACUAUGUUGCUCCAGAGGUUAUUGAUGACAAAGGCUAUGAUGGUGCCCUUGCAGACCUUUGGUCUUGCGGGGUAACCCUGUUUGUGCUGCUUGCAGGGCAUCUGCCUUUCGAGGAUGACAACAUUGCAUCCCUUUAUAAAAAGAUCUCAGGAGCUCAGUUUACAUGUCCUUCUUGGUUUUCUGCUGGAGCCAAGAGGCUGGUCACCAGAAUUCUGGAUCCUAAUCCUUCAACUCGGAUUACGGUUCCUCAAGUACAGAAGGAUCCAUGGUUCAAAAAGGGCUACAAGCCAUCUGUUUUCGAUGAGAAAUGUCAAGUUACUCUAGAUGAUGUUCAUGCUGCUUUUGGAGACUCAAAGGAACUUCUUGUAACAGAGGAAAUGGAAGGGCAACCAACCUCGAUUAAUGCAUUCGAAUUGAUUUCAAUGAACAAGGGGCUAAAUCUGGAGAAUUUCUUUGAAUCUGAUAAGAAGUACAAGCGAGAAACAAGAUUUGCAUCGGAAUGUCCUCCGAAAGAAAUCAUCAAUAGAAUAGAAGAAGCUGCUAAGCUACUUGGGUUUGAUAUCCAAAAGAAAAACUACAAGAUGCUAAUGGAGAACACAAAAGCAGGAAGAAAAGGAAAUCUAAAUGUCGCCACUGAGGUUUUCCAAGUGGCUCCAUCCCUGCAUGUGGUUGAGCUGAAGAAGGCAAAGGGAGAUACACUGGAGUUUCAAAAUUUCUACAGAACUCUGUCCAUGGAGCUGAAGGACGUCGUUUGGGUAUGCGAUGAUCAAGUCAAAGACGGAAACCUCCACGCCAUGAAGCGGUUGUAGAAUUUUAAGCUUACAGAACUUAGUUGGGGGACAAAACGAGAAACUUAUUUUCCAUGUACAUAGCUCCCUUGGUACAAAGAAGUUUGAUGCCUAAUAUAAUGUACAUAUAGGCUUCGACUGCAAAGGCAGCUUAAGGUUUUGGAUGAAUGAAGAGGUAGAUGAAGCGUAGGUCAGAAGUUUGGUUGUUCGUGUAGUGAAACACUGACAUGGUAUUCAGCUAUUCAUAUUCAACUAGAAACACAGGCGCGGCAUUGCCGCGCCACCAGAGUUGGUAAGCCUAGGAUUACUUACCCAGUCAACACUUCAUUUUGCAUUAUGGCAUUAUCAGCAAACAAUAGUUGAACCGAGGACAAAUUUAGUGAAUUAUCAGUGUGUGUCACUGCCAAUUUAUGUAGACUACCAUAGCAAUAUUAGAGCAAAACUAAGUAAUACAUGUGCAAUAUCUUUUUCUGAUAAAUCUCUCCUCUGAAGCCAAAGACAGGUAGCAUCACAAAGCUGCAUCCUUAUAUGUGACAAAACUCAUCAUCCUCGGAAGAAGUUGCACUGGAGAAGGAUGAAAAUAAUAAUAGCUGUUACUAUAUAAUAAAUAUAGUAUUAAUAGAGUGACUACUAUCCGCACACCUUGGAUCAUGAUGCUCUCACCUCAAAACUGUACAUGGUAUUUUGGAACUGAUCUGACAAAGGUCGCAAUCAAAAAAAUCAUAGCAGGAAUCACAAAGGCUUAGGGCUGAAAAAGCUAUAGAAUGCGAGGAAUCAAAUAUUGGGGGUACAUACUGCAGCUCCGCAGCUGACAUUUUGAACUCUUGAAACUUGCUUUUCACUUUUUCUUUAGAAAGACUUCUAAAAUGUCUUCCUUUCACAAUUUAUCUUUGUGUAGAUACAGAGGUUGAAGAUACAAGUGAAAUGUUGGACAUAGGAGUGGCUACUUUCAUGACAAUGAAACACCUUCUAAGUUGUGAAGGGGCUGGUUAGCUAACCCGCCAAAGCACGUAAAAGGUCAAUGGUUACAUUAAUGCAAGUGAUGAUGGAAUUUUUAGCAGACUACUGUGGUCAAAAUUAGUUUUUUUAGCAAAAAUGACGCCCAAUAUUAUUGUACCAAUGCUUGUGAUUACUCAAAACUGGAGAAUGAAAUUAAAACUAAAUUUGGAGCUU